UGACAGCUGGUUCCUCCCGGUGCGGCCGCUUCCUCCGUGAUCCUCUCCCGGUGGACCGGACUCUUCUCCCGGUGGACCGGACUCUUCUACCGGCGGAACGAGCAGCGCGACCGGGUGCGAGAGGCGUGACGCCCCGCUGAGAACCAGAGAAGAAGAAGAGGAGCCGGAGCGGGAAGGUGAGAGGCCGAGAGAACGAGGGAGCGAGUGAGAGAAGUAAAGAGAGAGAGAGAGAAAGAGAGAGAGGCCAUGGAGCAGCAGAGGCAAAGGACGCUCUCCACCUCCGGAGAAUCUCUGUACCUGGUGCUGGGCGUCGAGAAGAGCGCCACGAACGACGACAUCAAGAAAUGCUACAGGAAACUGGCGUUAAAGUUUCACCCGGAUAAGAACCCGGACAAUCCAGACGCCGCCGAAAAGUUCAAGGAAAUCAACAACGCCCACUCCAUCCUGGUGGACGUCACCAAGAAGAACAUCUACGAUAAGUACGGCUCCCUGGGGCUGUACGUGGCCGAGCAGUUCGGAGAGGAGAACGUCAACACCUACUUUGUCCUGUCCAGCUGGUGGGCCAAGGCCCUGUUUGUCUUCUGCUGUCUGUCCACUGGCUGUUACUUCUGCUGCUGCCUGUGCUGCUGCUGUAACUGCUGCUGUGGGAAGUGUAAACCUCGGCCUCCCAUGGACCAGGAGCCCGACUUCUACGUGUCCCCCGAGGACCUGGAGGCCCAGAUGACCGCUGACGAGAGAGGUGGCGGCGAGCCCGUGGUCCUGCAGCCGUCUUCAGCCACAGAAACCACCCAGCUCACCGGCGACGCCCACCACAGCUACCGGACCGACGCCUACUAACCACACGCACACGCUAAGAGCACACGUUAAGAGCACAUGCUAAGAGCACACGUGACCUGACCCCCGCUCAAGUAUCACAACGUGACACUAACAUGUUGCACACAAACAUCUGCAGUGGGGCUGUUAUUAGACUUCCCUUCUUAUUUUUUUAAUAUUCAAAUUAUAGUCAGAUUUUUAAAUGAUCUCUUUAAUAAAAUUGAAAGCAAAGACAUUUAUAAGAUAAAUACAAAAUACAUAUUGAAUCAUAUUGAGGUUUGUUAAUAUUCAAAUACUGUUCAACUCCAGAAUUGUGUUCAGCCCUUAUCUGCACCAGACACAC